AUGGUGUCUUUAAAUUUACCAAGAAAACUGCAUGAGAUGGAUCAUUCAUUGGAGCCUGAGAUGACUGCUGGGGCACCUGUGGAAGUUGAUGUAGAUAUUGAUCUCAAAGAAGUUUAUUUUUUAAUUAUUCAUUUUUUGUCAUCUAGUCCAUGUCGAAGAACAUAUGCUCAAUUUUGGAAUGAGCUUUUGGAGCAUCAGCUUUUACCUAGAAGGUAUCAUGGUUGGUAUUCAAGAAGUGGCGAGCCUAGUGGGGAUGAGAAUGAUGAUGGGUGUUCACUACCAUUGAACUACUCUAGUUUAUUGAAGAGGUACAUGAUUUCUUCCUACUCAAAGUUAUUCUUUGCUUUAAUUAUGAACGUGCAGUAUUUUCUGUAGAACAUUUUAUAUUUCAUAGUUGAUUAGUAUUGCUAAUCAGCAGUGUGGACCUUUUACUGUUUUCAGCGCAAAUGAGCCAUGAUUAUUAAUUCAUUCUAGUAGUGUUCACUUGAAUUUUAGUCCUGAAAUGUGAACAUGAAAUGAAAUCUUUCUUUCGAAAUAAUUUUUUUUUGUUUGAAUUUCUUGGGAAGAGAGGUUACGAACAUUAUAUUGUCAUAUUGCUUGUAAUCUGUAGUCUCCUGCUUUUGUCUUUUGAAGCUACGCUGCUUAUGAUCUGUUGGCAUGUGCUUGUUUUAGACAUGCAUCAAGCCUGUCAGCACUGAUAUUUCGGUCUUGUUUAUGACAUUCAUGUUAUGAACCGUCGUUAAUGAGAAAUUUAUGAACAUAUUCAAGACGCAUAAGCAUGUGAUUUUUUUAAAAGUCAAUAGCAACAUCUCUCAGUAGUAUCGAUUGUUUACAUAUAUGCUAAUGCCAAAUGUGUAAAUAUGUUCAAGAAUGUCUUUGUAUCCUUUUUUCAUUUCUUUUAUAUUUGUAUUGUUUGACGUGUGCUGUCUAUGUUUCAAAAGUUUAGAUUUCCAUUCAAUCCUAAGCAAUGAUGACGGUUUGCUUGUAGUUAUAGUCCAUCUUAAUUAUCUUCUUAGAUCUUUUUAAAUUAAAAAUUUACGCAUUAAUUAAAACAUUUUGGUUAUUGAAUUUUUUUAGCUUUUAGUAUGGAAAGCCAUUGGUAAACUUCCUUCCUAGUUAAUUUGUUCUCUUCUCUAGUUAAGAUGUCAUGCUGUUCUGUUUAGAUUUAAUGAGAAAUAUUUCUAAUACUUUACUAUAAUUUACACAUUUUUUUUGGAAAGAAUUGAUAAUGUUUACUGUUUCAGUGACGUCUCUUGCCAUGUGCUCAUAGCUGGCACGUUCCGAGUUGCUCAUCUAUCAUUAGUUUUAAUCUUCAGAGAAGUUUGAGGAAUCUAAUUCUGUGCUAUUCAUUGGAACAAUCAAAUCAUUUUGAAUGAAAUAAAAUUUUAAACUUGGGUAUUAUUGAUCAAUUCUGUAUGCCACUUUCAGGUACCCUCAUGUUGAGCAAGGCCACCUUGUAAAACUUUUGAAACAAUUAUUAUUGAACUGUUCUCGUUCGUCACAUGGGAUGGUUGGAGGAAAUUUCCCAAAUGCUGCUGAUGUUCCGACGCUCCUUGGUUCUGGAACUUUCUCACUUUUGGGAUGUAUGUGGUAUUAUUGUUUUGUUUAGUAAAUUCCUAGAUAUUUCUUCUUCCAUCUGAAUCGCAUCUCUCGUUGGAUAGAAGUGAUUUGUCUUUCAUUAUCUUUAUCCAUUUCUAUCAGUGAAAUAUUCAGAUUCUCAGCUGACAUUUUAUUUGUUCCAGCAAAUCUAGAUAUUGAAGAUCAGAGAGCAUAUCGCUUGCCUGUACACUCGCGUUGGCCACAUAUCCAUGCUGAUCCGGUUCGAGGGCUAAGCUUGAGAGAGAUGGGGGGAGGUUUUGCCAAACACCAUCGUGCACCCUCAGUUCGUGCAGCAUGCUAUGCUAUUGCUAAACCGUCGACCAUGCUGCAGAAUAUGGAAAUUAAGAAAAGAUUGAGAGGACACCAAAAUGCAGUUUAUUGUGGUACACCUGUAACACUUCGUAUCUAUCUAGAUUUCGGUAACAUUUUGUGGCUCAUCUUUCCUAGGAUUAACGUGCAAAUUGGGCAAAAAUACUAUAACACUCGAUGAAGUUCACUACCAAUUAGUGUGGAUAAGACUGGAUUGUUUUCUUUAAUUAUAUCUCAUGUUUUUCUGAUCUGAUGCAUUAAUAUCCUGAUUGUCAAAGCAAUCCCACUAUAUUGUCCUUAUCAUUAUGAUGACACUGUAUUCCAUUUCUUACCUUUGAUGGGUCAUUUAGAUCUGAUACUGCCUGAUUAACUUGAAGUUCUUUGUGCAUGAAUCUAAACUUUUGAGUAAAGAAAAAGAUGCUCUCUUUGAUGUUUGCUUUCUUGGGGGCUAAAAUACUAAUUCCACAUAUCUGUACUUCGAAGGGCACACUAUUUUCUCCUUAAUUGCCGGCGGGGAAGUUACAUCCUGAAUCCUAAUGUGUUCCAUCUUAUGCCUUCAUUCUUGUUUCUAAUUUGUUCUGUUCUCUGAUGACUUGUUUACUCCUGACAGUUUUUGUCUAUAAUUCAUGUUGAUAUUCUACCGAGUACCGCUUAACUUUUAUAUGUUCUCCUUUGCCCUGUUUUUAUUCUUUGUUUUCGAAAAAGAAAAUCCUGUAAGUUACAACGUUGCGAAAGUAGUAGCAUUGUGAAACUAUGUAAUGAUAUAUUUACAUUAUUUCUUGUAGCAAUAUUUGAUCGUUCAGGGCGACAUGUGAUUACUGGUUCUGAUGAUCGCUUGGUUAAAAUUUGGUCAAUGGAGACGGCAUUUUGUUUGGCUAGCUGUCGUGGACAUGAGGUAUAUCCUGUUAUUCUAUUUCAUUACCUUCUUGUUCUGUGGAGAGAGUCUUAAUUCUGGCUGCACCUCUGUUAGGGUGACAUUACUGAUUUGGCUGUGAGUUCAAAUAAUGCAUUGGUGGCUUCAGCUUCUAAUGACUUUAUUAUCAGAGUUGUAAGUUUUUUCUUCCAGUAUAUAUUAAAUUUUUGCGUUUACAAUUUUUUGUUGAAUUACCUUAUUGUUCAUUGCUAUGAAAAUUUGAUGGUAUUUGUUUUUGCUGCAGUGGCGUUUGCCGGAUGGAUUGCCAAUUUCUGUCUUGCGGGGACAUACUGGAGCUGUAACUGCUAUUGCAUUUAGUCCUAGGCCAUCUGCAGUUUACCAGCUUUUAUCGUUAGUCUCCAUUCCAUCCCAUCAUUUUGUCCCUUCCUCUCUGUCUAUUUCUCUUUACGCACACUUCUAAUUAUCUGUCCGUUUAUCUAUCUCUACUCUCUGUGUACUGUGUACCGUGUGCUUGUGCAUUUUUGUGUGAACGCCUGCUUGUGUUAGAGCGUUAAUUAUCACAUGCCUAUGUGUGAGAUAUCUUCAUACUUGUGAUGUUAAACUUUGAUUGUGGUUCCUAGAUGGUGCUAUCAUAUGAUGCGCGCCUUAAAUAUAUCAUCUUUGGUUUAAACCCAUCUUUUUUUUUCAGAAGCGAUGAUUAUUUCGUGAUGCAUUUGUCUAUUAGUGAUCUCCCUUAUCUCUAUCGUUUGUCUCUGUUUGCAUGCCUUUUUCAACUGACACUUUUCUUGUACGUCGAUUUUGUUUUCUAAUUGAACUUUGUUAGUAGUCUUUUCAUUUGUAAAUAUCAGUACUGUGGUUUGAAUUUGAUCAAACUACCUGAGGUAAAAUUUGUAUUUGGGUUGUACCAGAGUAUAUAGUACAGCAUUUACUAAUGUAAUAUCAUUAUAACUAAGGGUUUGUAUAAAUAUAUUCAUUUCUCCGAUCCUCAUUAUUCUUGUUUUGGGUGGGAUAGUAACUGUGGUGGACUCGUGGAACUCUUGGGGUGUAGGGUUGUAACAGGAGUUUGCGGCCAUGGCAGUUAAAGGUGGGUGAUUGAUAGUGGCGGGUGACGUUUUUCUUCCUCAUGUCUGAACUUUCAUCCCCUCGUAUUUGGUGAUUGAUGGCUACCUUGUGUGAGUUUCUUUUCGUCUUCAUCAUUUACCCCGUACCAGCGAAGUGUUCUUCUAUUACCAGCAGAUGAGAUAGCCAAAGUGAAAUCACGUAAGAUCAGCCAGAAAAUCUCCUUAUAGCUGCAAAAUUGACAAAUUUCUGCUGUGCUUAACUCAUAAAUUGGGCGAUUUAGCCCGAGUUUAUGAAUAUCAUAGUUGCUCGUGAGAAGGUUUGAUCUGCACAAUAAAUUAUCCAAGAGGGUAGUAAUUAUUUCGAUGUAUAUUGACUUGUUCCGGUACCCAUUAAUAUUAUCUAUCCAAUAACCUAUGUAUCAUUUCAUGAUCUUAAUACUCGUUGCAGCCAAUUUCAUGUGUUUGUCCUACUUCAGAUCCCUGGUGGAAAUUUUCUUGUUUUCUUUUACAUUUAGGAGCAUUCUUUAUGGCAUAGAUGUACCUUCUUUGGUUCAUUUUCUAAAAUGACAGCACUUUAAUGAUUUGUUUGACCUACAUUUCAUUGAUUCUGCUUCCUAGUUCCUCGGAUGAUGGAACUUGCCGUAUUUGGGAUGCUCGCUAUUCUCAAACAAGUCCAAGAGUUUACAUUCCCAAGCCUCCAGAUGUUAUACCUGGUUAGUAUUUAUAUUUUCCAGUAUUGAAGACUACUUGGAAAAGUAUACUUUAUGCUUUUUAAUCUUACUACAGGGAAACCGAGCCUUCCCUCUUCAAGUACUCCUCAGCAAGGGCACCAAAUUUUGUGUUGUGCGUACAAUGCAAGUGGAACUGUAUUUGUCACUGGUAGCUCGGACACUUAUGCAAGGGUAUAUAUGUGUGGCAUAAGUUGUAGAUAUUACUUGUUUGUCUUUAGUUAACGCUUGAGUGAUAUGGAACUCUCUUGUUGAUAAGAUGCAUUAAGUUUCUUAAUUUGAUUCUGUACAGGUUUGGAAUGCUUGUAAGAUCAACCUUGAAGAUGCAGAACAACCUAACCAUGAAAUGGAUCUGUUAUCUGGCCAUGAGAAUGAUGUGAAUUAUGUACAAUUCAGGUACAUAGCUAGCACUUUUAUUUUAAGUUUAUCAUUUUCCUGUUUCUCUCUUGUUCUAUUUUUAAAACUAACUUUAAUCACUGUCUUGUUUAGUGGUUGUGCCACUGUGUCAAGGUCCACCAUGGCUGAUACAUCGAAGGAGGAUAACCUCCCAAAGUUUAAGAAUUCCUGGUUAGCUGCCAAUAUUUUGAAUAUCUCUUUACCGUUUUUUGUGCGUUGGAGGUUUUAUCUGAAUGUAAAAGUUUCAGGAUUACUUUUUGAUUUGUCAUUAACGUGAUUACAUUGUCUUCAAUUUGACUUCAAAGCAUUUAUUUAUUUUGUAGGUUUACCCAUGACAAUAUUGUUACUUGUUCCCGUGAUGGCAGUGCAAUUAUCUGGAUCCCAAGAUCACGUAGAUCUCAUGUGUGUUAUUCUCCCUGACUUUGUUGUUUGUGCCCAUUCAUGUUUUUUCGAAUUUUUUUUUUUAUUCAACAAUCAUGUUAGUAAUACUGGGAUGGACAAACUGCACUUCAAAUGUUUUUUUCCUCCUUUGAUAUUAUCUAAGAAAAUAAUGGGUGAUAUUUGCGAAUAAAUUUGUAGGGCUUUUUAUUUUAGUAUGUUCAUUUUUGAUUUAUUGAGGUAAAAUUAUCAUCUUGCUAUUUUUAUUUAUGUAGGGUAAGGUUGGGCGUUGGACACGAGCUUACCAUCUUAGAGUUCCUCCACCACCUGUGCCACCUCAGCCUCCUCGAGGAGGCCCACGCCAAAGAUUGCAGCCAACACCACGUGGUGUUAAUAUGAUUGUGUGGAGCUUGGAUAAUCGAUUUGUCCUUGCCGCUAUCAUGGGUAAGCCAUGUCAAUGCUUCAUCCAAGUUUUUGUUUUUGUUUAUUGUUAUUCUAAAUCCUGCAUCCAAACGAUCUAUUUCUUUUUCAGAUCUCAGAUGACUGCUUCUAAAUGACUGUGGAUGCUUUAUGAUUGCUCAAAUUUUAGUAAAUUUCGCCUAGCUUUGUUUCCUGCGUACUUUUUUAACCUAAUCCAAAACAAACUAUCAGAGAAAAGCAGUUCUAAUGUUUCCUUCCUGGGUGCAAAGGGUUUCUUUUUCAUUGACUGAGCUUAUGGAAAGAAGUUAUUAGAUGAUAGAUAUCCCAUAUCUUAGACGAAAUAUAAAUACUCCACAGAAUCAUUUUCAGAAAGCUUUCAUCUAGUAUAUGUGGAAUCAUUGUUGCUUGUCUUUUUAUGAAUAGAAAUCGAACUGGAUUUUAUGUAGAAAUGGAGUGAUUGAAUGAAGUUCAGGAUAUGCUACUCAAUAUCAGUUUGCUGCCCAUCAUGUGGCUCUUGAUGAAUGUUGCUGUAUUUGUAUUUUUGGCUGGCAUUAUGCCAGCAUAGUUGAAUGCAAUCCCUUUCUUGUUCAUGAGGCAGGGUAUGUGCCAUUAACUAUGUUCCCCUAGAGAGGGAAACAAUUGUGAAAGUCGGAUCUGUGGAGAUCAUGUAAGAUUGCUUCUACAUCUGUUAAAUACUAUCCUAAUUCAUUCAAGCUGCCGAACUUCAAAGUCAGAUUGGUGCCAUAUUGACUCUUCUUUGCCUAACAUGACGACUGCAAAACUGCGUCAUGCUUAAUAUUUACUCUGAGAUAUAUGGUAGACCAGCAUUGCGCAUGAAUUUGCAGUAUGGGUUUUCUGCAGUGAAACUUUUGAUCAUAUGGAGUGGAAAUGUCUCCUGCUGCCCGAAUACAAGCUCACAUGAAAAAUAGGGUGGCUAUGAAGGUUCGUGGGGCGUGAAAAAUCACUGUUAAUGAUGGUGAUUCACUCGUUUCAUAUCCUUAGGACAUGUCUACCCAUUAUGUGGUUAUUGAUGUGGUACACGAUUGGGGUAACUUGUUUUCUGUUGUGUUCAAACGCUGUUUGAGAAUGUGGGAUGAAAACUAUAAGUAUAAGAUUAUGAUAUGUAAAUAGUUCAUUGAAUGGCAUAAAUAUCAGCUUCGACUAUUCACGUAAUGUUUUGUUUUUAGUAUCGUCUUACAGCAUUCGUUGCUUUCUUUCAAAUUUAGAGGACGAUAAGAAGAGUGCCACAUCACAUCACAUCAUUUUUAUUUUUCUUUCAAAUUUUCAGGCCACUUUGUCUUCCUAAGUUCUAGAAUGCUAAUUCUGUACCUUUGGGAAGGUUGACAACGUCCUAUUGGCUUUCUACAAUUUCGUUUUUCCUGUUAUGUCUUUAGUCCCUAAGGUUUCCAAUUACAAUUCCCAACCAGCUGAGGUUUUUGUCAAUGACAAAAGUCAUUCUGUACAGCUUGUAAAAAUGUACCAAUGAAAUGAGGAAAGAUGGAAACAAGACUUUGUUGGUUUCUCCUGUACAAAGGAUCCCCAUAUAGUCUUGUCAUCAGAGUAGUGUACUAUGUGAUCCCCUGUAUGAGGAUCUGCCGAAUUGAACCACUCACACUUUCCAUGCGGAUACUUCAGUAUCACUCUAUUGGGGACUAAUUUAUUUUUAAAAGUAGAAUGUUCCCACCUGAUCAUUCUUGCUCUCCCAUUUUUAUGUAAAUCGUCUGCAAUGCAGAAAAUACUCUAGAAAAAUAAUCUGCACAGUGAAUGUUGGAAGUUUAGAGUCGUUAAGUGUUGACUGUGAAGUAUUACGCUGGAAUAAGGACCAGGGAUGUUCUUGACGGUGAAACUUUGUGAUGGUAGCAUCUCUCUCAAAUCAUGACUUUACCCUCCUUGCUUUUGCAGAUUGCAGAAUAUGCGUGUGGAAUGCUUCUGAUGGCAGUUUAGUACAUUCUUUGAUGGGGCAUAGCGAAUCUGUAAGUGGUCCAGUUGUUAAGUGCUGCAUCGUUUGCUGCUUAGCUAAAUAUUAUGUAGGCGAGUAUUAGAAAUUUUCUUCAACCUUGUUUGGAUCGGUCUCUCUUAUUCGUCUACUUAUUGUUCAAUGAUUUUGAGUCAAUACACCUGCACUGCCCAUAGUUGUCCUUUUCCCAUUUGGUUGCUCCUUUACAUUUGUGAAAACACUAGGCUUUCAUGCUUUUGCAUUUUAUUUGAAGGUGGUAAAAGUUCGUGCACAUUGAAAAUAAUCAAAUUACUGGAAAUAUCUUCUCUUGAUUACAUAAAUUCUCUCCCUAAAAGUAAUUACAAGAUAACAACCCUGAAAGUCCCUCAGUAGAGAAAUAUAGUUACAUAGCUCUCUUUUGAUCUGUAAACUGCAAUCACUUCAUGAGGAAAAACCUGUGAUGCUGGUAUAAGCAUUAGUCUCAGCUCAAGGAGCUGAGAAAGGCAGAAUCACCUACCAUAGCAAUUAAAAGUCAUAUCUGGGCUUCGUAGUCGGGCCAUUACCUGGCUUCAUUUUAGUUUUUUUUUAUAGAUUUAAAGGCCUUUUUUUCCUGCCAAUGUAUAUAGUGCUUUACAACCAGGGCAAAGACUUCUGUUUGUCUCAUCCCCAAGGACCCAUGACAAAUUGCGGGGAGGCAAGUUCAGGUUGUAGGACAGAUACGUUGCCAUGAACUGUAGGAUACAAACAAUUAUGUUGUCAUGUAAAUCUCCUGUACAAGAUCUAGUUCCCAUCUAUUUAAAUCAUUGUAAUCCCCAGUGGAGAUCCAGAUGAGAGCCUUCUAUUUUUUUAUGUCGAGAAUAGGGCACAACAAAUUUUCACACCAUUGAUAUUACAUCGCUGUCUCAUCCUAAAAGAAAAUGAAAAAAUACAGCGUCCUUUUUUCCAAUGGAUACCAAAAUUUCUCCAGUUUUAAGGUUCACACUGAAAUAUCUCAUUGAAAUUCAUUCAUUUAUUUUCAUUCAGUCUAUCAUAGCUGGUUUUUGGGUGGCUUACACCAGGGAUGUCUGGUUUCAUGAUCUUUCUAAGGGACGUUCAAAUCCACCUGAAAACCUCUUGAUCCUUUGAAUCCCUUCCCUCUAAAUGUCAUCCCCACGCUUUGUCACAUGAUUGUCUAUGGUAGCCUUGAAUACAAUCCAAAAAGACAUUCCUCAUGGUUUUCUAGCCUUUGCCUAUUUUCUUCUAGCUGUGGGACAUCGCUCUCAUCUAAUGACUAUUUGCAGGGAAAAGUUCUUACCCUCGUCUUCUUUGUUCCAUUCCAUUUCUUGUAUCUUCCUUUAGAAAAUGUGCCUGCUUUUUUUGAAUUCAUUAUUAACUUUUUUAACUAACAUUUUUUCCUCCCUUGAUAGACAUUUGUCUUGGAUGUUCAUCCAUUCAACCCUCGAAUUGCUAUGAGCGCUGGAUAUGAUGGAAAAACAAUCAUAUGGGAUGUAAGCUCUUAAAGUAUUGGUUUUUUUGAAAAUAUUUUGUUGUUGGUAUAGUUCUCUCCAUGACUGUGUAUGAGAUUUUCUGAUAUCUUGAGAACUGUUCACUAUAGAUAUGGGAGGGAACGCCUGUUCGAAUAUAUGAAACUGGACGUUUCAAGUUGGUUGAUGGGAAGUUCUCACCGUAAGUUGAUGUAUUCCACUCAAAGCAUUCUAUUCUUGAUACCUGCCUAAGAUUGCACUAAUCCAGCUAUUUUUCUUGGUGUUGGGAGAGGUAUUGUGUGGGUGUCCAUUUUUUUUGGCAGUAGUUUAGUUAUGUCUUUCGGUGGUAGUGUCUGGCUUCAGCUUCAGCGUUGAACAUUAAAUACUUCGUCAUUCUUAUGAAAAUGAGCCUCCAAAGAUGGGCACCAAAAGUUACAUUCCAGGGAUACGGACCUCGUUUUCAAUCUGUGAACCUUAAGAAGUGAAUAAGAGGCCAGACUGCAUCAAGGGAUUGCGCAUCUCCUUAAAAAUGUUUUUAUUAUAAACAAAAAGUCAGUGUUUUUAAGCUUAUAUCAAUUCACUCUACACCAUUAAGCCAAUAAAGAAGUGAUGUAUGCAUAGUUUGUGAAAUGUACUUUCUAAAGGUUAAAAAUGCCCAUCAUUUAUAGUAGAGAAUACAAAAGAAAAGAAAUUAUAUUGGAAUCCAGAUGGAAGGUAGAAAUUAUAUGUGUACCCACAGAGGUCUCCUUUAGCAAGAUUAUUGGACGUUAUAAUCAGCCAUGGAGGAAGCUAUAAUAACAUAUUCAACCUUCAUGUGCUUUGAUGUUUACCCAGUUUGUUUUAAAUCUCUCUUAUAAGUAAUUGAAUCGAGAUCUCUUUUUCUAAUUUCAUUGUGUCUUGGAGGCACAUGUUGAUCCGGUGUUUCAGAAUGUUGUUGUUAUUUUAUUGUUGAUAUCUUUAUCUGCUUUGUUUAUGUAACAUAUAGGGAUGGGACAUCAAUUGUACUUUCAGAUGAAGUUGGUCAGAUACUUGUCAUAGCCACUGGUCAAGGUGAUUCUCUGGAGGAUGCUAAAUAUGAUCAGGUAUCUUCGGAAGUACGCCAGUUUGUUUUAUUCAGAGGGAAAAGCUGCGUGUUUCAAAUUCAAUAUUACUAAAUGAAUCUUAUAUGUUCAACAGUUUUUCCUUGGUGAUUAUCGCCCCCUUAUUCAAGAUACUCAUGGGAAUAUUUUAGAUCAGGUUGGUGCGCAACUUUUACUAUGUUGGAUCAGGCUUAUGAUUGUUUUACUGAUUAUUCGUAUGCCUCCACCUCUCUGUUAUUACUGUCCAUAAUUUACUUCUUCAUGGAUGUGUUAUAGAUCAUGUUACUAUACAUCCUCUUUUGGUUGUUUAUUUCUAGUAUAAAAUAAUGAUGCGCAUUGUUGGUUAGAUAAACGCUUUCUUCCUUCGCUUUAUUGGUUGUUUAAUUAUGCUACCUAGAAGAAAGUGUACCUUGUUAAUUGUGUUAGGUGCUAAAAACAAUGCAAGAAUGGUUUGAUGUCAUGACAAUUCUUGUCCUUUGAACAUUGUGACACGUGUUUUUCCAAUUUGCUAUUUGGGAUAAUUUUUUUUAUUUUUUUAUCCUUUUCCAGUAGAGGUUUGAACUUUCAUUAUGAUCAAUCAUCUUUUAAUUCUGGUUUCGUUAAUCGGCUUUUAUGAUAGCCAAUAAGAUUUUCAUUAGCACACCAAGAAAAAAGACUUGUAGGCCAUAUAGUUUUAAUACCAUCGUUGGAUACUUUUGUCAAAGGGACGUGGAGGUGCGUUGAAAUUUUUCGUCAACGAAGGGUUGCAGCCAUUUUCAUACGUAUUUGAAACGUCAUUCGUUGCACCACAUUAACGCAAUGAUUUUUUUCUAGAUGUCGUUGUUGUUACUAGAGCUUGCCGACUCGGUCUGAAUUGGACUAUCUUGCAGGAUCUGUUUUAUUCAUCCACGAUUCAGAUCCACGGCAUGCCUUAAGAUCAUGUACUCUGCUAGUUUAAGUGCUAUGGAAAGAACCCGUUACUUAUCAAAAGUGAUUAAUUCACGUAUUUGUGAGUUAGAAUUGAGUUAGUUUAAGUCGAUACGCAUCGAUCAUUUUUUUUCUUUCUCUGAACCCAUAUUUAGUAGUGAGCUGCAGACCUUAGGGAGAGGAAAGACAUGUCAUGUCUCUUUAGAUGUGGUGAGGACAUGACCCUGGUGCCUAUAACCCAGAAGGGUGCUUUUCAAAAUAUCGUGCCCAUAUAAUUGACAUUGAUUAUGAAUUGCCCUUGCUUGGUAAGCCUGAAACGGACGUGCUGUUCAUGUUCAAUAAGGUUUCAGUGUCACAGGUUUCCAGGAACUAAACUUCUGGUUAUGGGGACGUAUGGAUGCAUUUUCAGAAAGUGUGAUAAAGACCAGAGCUAGCUAGAUCUGUGAAACUUAAUACUAGUGAUGGGUUUUUCAAAGAUGAACCAACGAUUUUAAAGGAUUGUGAACUGUUGCACCACCUUUGGCAAUUUUUCACAUCGAAUGGGUUGCUAGGAUAGCAAAAUGUCCAAGAUGUGAGAAAAUGUUGUAUCAAUGUCUUCUUGUUUCGGAAAUCCGGUGGGCCCACACAGCCCAGGAUGAUAAUUCUACAACGUAAUCAUUUUAUUCAUUAAUUAUAACCUAUUUUUUCCUUGGUAAAAUUAAUCUGGACCUCUGUGGAUCAAUGGCAAGAUAUUUGAGAUCCAGUCUGUCAUAAAAGUCGAGUAUGAAUAUGGUCCAAGUCUCUGUGUGAACUAAUAUGCCAGCAAGCUUUCUUGAUGACGCAUGAUGGUUCCUUGGUCCAUGCACAGGAGACUCAACUACCUCCACAUCACCGGAAUAUGCAGGACCUCCUUUGUGAUUCGAGUAUGGGGUCCAGUCCUAUAUAUUUUUUUGGUUUUCUUGCUACUACUCUGCUAUUCUCAUCCCUUUGCUUGGGCUAUGAUGCCAGGUUUAAUUCCUUACCCCGAACCUUAUCAGAGCAUGUACCAGCGUCGCCGGUUAGGUGCCCUUGGCAUCGAAUGGCAUCCUCCUUCUGUGAAAUUUGCAGUCGGCCCGGGUGAGAACAUAAACGCGGCAGCCUUUCAAAUUCCACUGAUUGACCUGGAGAGAUGGAUCGAGCCUAUUCCCGAGUUUGUGGAUGCCGUUGACUGGGAGCAAGAGAAUGAGGUGCAAAGUGAGGACACUGACUCUGAAUAUGAUGCUGCUGAGGAGUUCUCUAGCGAGGCAGACCACGAGAGUGUGAGCGUUGGCGUCUCUGGGGACUCACAGUGCAGCCCGGAAGAAAGCGAAGUGAAUCACGGCACUGCUAAAGAUGGACUUCGUCGCUCUAAAAGAAAGAACCAGAAGUCGGAAGUAAGUGGCUACUUGCUAAUCCCUGACCGUGUUCUUUCUCCCAUGCCAUGUGUAAUUUAAUUACUCACACUUAACUUAUCGCGUGGAUGGCCUCGCAGAUUGAGCUCACUACGUCCUCCGGAAGGCGAGUGAAGAGGAGAAACUUGGAUGAGCGUGAUGGCCCUGCGGCCAGUAUUAACCAGAGGACGAGAAAACAAAAGAAUGGCAAGUCUAGGAGAAAAUCUUCCAAGUCCAAGUCACUGCGACCUCAGAGGCGCGCUGCUCGCAAUGCCCUCACCUUGUUCUCUCAGAUAAACGAAGCCUCCUCAGACGGAGAGGAGGAUGAUGUCUCAGAGACCGAUUCUUCGGAGAGCGGGUCCAUGCUUCAGGAUUCAUACACUCUGAGCAAUGAAUCCGACCAUUCGGUUUUGGGAGCUCAGGGGAAACACGCGAAGCAGAAGGACGUCUUGGUGGUGGAUGAGCUUGUUGACGAUGCUUCAAGAAGACCUUCUUCACAGGUGAGGAACCCAUCGACCACCAGGAGGCUGGUGGUGAAGUUCUCUGUUCGCGACCGUAGAGAAGCGCCGCCCGAGGACGUUACGAGGGGAGGUCAUCUUCAAGAGGGAAAGGCGGUCGAGGCACUUUCUUCUGAUCGUCUGAAUGUAAACGGGACCUGCUCGACAUCGUACGAGGCGGCGGAAUCUUCUGUGCGCGCCGCUGACGCUGGUUUAUCAGAAAAUGGCGGCGGAGACAAGGUCAGCGAAAGAUGGCAAGCUGAAAAGUUUGUGGAUCAGCCGGACGUGGUGCCGUCCGGGUACAAAGGCGGAACAAUCAAAUGGGGAGAGGUGAAGACGCGCUCCACCAAACGCUUGCGGUUGUCUGAAGCUUCACCCGCACAGAACCCAAAUGUGGAUGACCCAAAUGACGACGACAAGAGCAUGAACAGGCAGGUGAAAUCCGAUGACUACUGUUUUGGCGAGCAGGCCGCGGCUAGCGUCUUAGAAGCUUUCGCUAGUUCAAAAAUUGAGCAGCCUUCUCCCAACGCGGAGGACGAAUCGAGGCCUUUUCCACCAAAUCAUCAUCAUCAUCAUCAUCAUCCUCAUCCUCAUCCGUCAGGACGAAGACACCGAGCCACAUCUAAUGGGCAGGCCGCCGGCAGCUGUAGCGAAGACGUCAUCAUCCGAAGCAGCACUGGGAUCAACGAUGAAGAUGAGCUGCAGCAAGAAAGAGGCGAUGACGCGUCGGUUGACCUUGAAGGUUCAUCUGCCCCUGAUUCGGUUGACGCAAAACCAGUGUACAGGAGGUUGAAGAUCAAGUCCAGUAGAUUGGCGGGUGAACCCGAGAGCCCAUCUUCCAGGUUAAAAUCGGUUGCAGUCGAUGCUUGGGAUUCUGACUGCGGUUUGAUGCUGGGCGACCUGCUGCAAGUAGAAGAGAAGAAUCAGCACACAGUCGCCAUUAGGGCAGAUGAGGGCACUAGCGGACACAGUCCGGACCAUGGCGACUGGAACGAUGUGUCUGGGAAAUUGGAUUCAGGGGACUUGUCUGCAGAUCCUUAUUCUAAAAAGUACACAGCUGUUUACCGGAGGUCUAGUUCAUCUGGGGGCAGAGGAGGAAGAAUAUUGGGAGGUGAGAACUCUGGGCAGAUGGAAGUUCUACCCCAUGGAGAUCUGCCCCACGGUGGGGAUGAGAACUCGGCGUCCUCCAGCUACGAGCAGCACCCCAAUAAUUCUCUUGUGAAUGGGUUCAGAGCCAGGGGAAGGCACAGCUCUGCGGAGACGUCCAAGGUGGUGGUGGGAGGAGGGAAAUCCGCCAUGAAUGGUUGCGAACUGUUCUUGUCAGAGAAACGGCGGUCGGCCUCGAAGAUGACCGUCGGGCUAAGAUCUCACCGGAACAGGAGAGAGAACUACAGCGCCUGCGACCUGAGCCCUCUGGGUAAGAGAAGAACCCAGAAUUCGACGAAGAAGAUGUCGUGGCUGCUCUUGUCCGAGCACGAGGAAGGCUACAGAUACAUCCCGCAGCUGGGCGACGAAGUCAUCUAUCUGAGACAGGUUGGUUGGUUCUAAUCUUUGUUUGUCCUCGACCUUUCUCUGUCGGGGACAGGAGGGUUGGUCGGUUCUAACCUUUUACCCACCUUCCUCCUUGACCUGUCUGUUUGCCUGUCUGUCUGUCUGUCUCUCUCUUCUUUCCCUCUCUAGUUGUAACCUUCGUUUGUUGCUUUUGUUUCUUGUGGGGGCGGGGUCUCAGGGGCACGAGGAGUAUCUGAGAGCCUCGCACGCCCAGGAGGUGGGGCCGUGGAAGCUGGUGAAGGGGGGCAGCCUGAGGGCGGUGGAGCUGUGCAGAGUGGAUGUAGUGGACUACUCGGCGCUUCCUGGGUCGGGGGAGAGCUGUUGCAAGCUGACGCUGGAGUUUGCAGACCCGUCGUGCUGCGCGUACCAGAAGGCGUUCAAGCUGACUCUGCCGGAGCUGGUGGCCUUCCCGGACUUUCUGGUGGAGAGGAGGAGGUACGAGGUGGCGAUGGAGCGGAAUUGGACCCACCGGGACAAGUGCCAGGUCUGGUGGCGCAACGAGGGCGGCGACGGCGGCAGCUGGUGGGAGGGCCGCGUAGUGGCGGUGAAGCCUAAGUCGCCCGACUUCCCGGACAGCCCCUGGGAGCGCUUUGUCGUCCAGUACAAAAACGACUCCUCCGGGCAGCACCUCCACAGCCCCUGGGAGCUCCAUGACGCCGGAACUCAGUGGGAGCACCCGCGCCUCGACGGCCGCACCUCCGCGCUCCUUCUCUCCUCCCUCUCCAGGCUCGAGCAGCUCUCCUCCACCAAUACGGUGAGUGGUUCGUUGGUUCUUCUAUUUCUUUCUUCCUUCCAUUCUUAUGGCGGACUCUGUUUGCAGGACUACCACGGGAUCCAGAAGCUGAACCAGGUCGCCCUCAAGUCCGACUUCCUCAACAGGUGGGGCGCUCUUCCUUGCUUUCUUCUUCACAGUCCUUGUGUAUCUCUGUACGUCUGUCAUCUGGGUGCAUGCGUGCGUGCGUGCGUGGGUGUGCAGGUUCCCUGUGCCGCUGUCGCCGGAGGUGAUAAGGCGGCGGGUGGAGAGCGGGUACUACCGGAAGGUGGAGGCGGUGCGGCACGACGUCGGGGUGAUGCUCUCCAACGCCGCCUCCUACUUCGCCAAGAGUGCCGAGCUCUCGCUCAAGGUCCGUCGCCUCUCCGAGGCCAUGACUCGGGCCCUCUCCUCUCUCUAG